AUGAAAUUCAAAAUGGCGGAGCUUGCUGGUCAGAUUUUCAACCGCACAUUUGAGAGGGAAAUCGAGUGUAAGAAUGGAACACUAAGAAUCCAGCAAGCUGAAGUAGGCGAUGAGAGCUGUGUGGUGUGGGAUGCUGCUUUGGUUCUUGCUAAAUAUAUACAAACGGACCAUUUUUGCUCCACAGACGGGCUGGUAAACAGACGCGUUAUUGAGCUUGGUGCAGGUACUGGAGUAGUAGGACUAAUUGCUGCAGCUUCUGGGUAAGGUACAUUUAACGCUGUCAACCCUGAUUACGAUUCAGUGUCAUUUGUCGCCAUUUCAUCUAGACCAUGUCACCUGUUGGAAAUUUACCCUAACAGGGCCUUGCUAGCAGGGAACUUGUAGUCGAAGUUAUGCUUCAAUCAUUUAAGUACCGAUUAAAGCAGUUGUGAGUCCCCCUUUUUGUCUAUUUUUAGUGCACAUGUCUGUUGUACUGACUUGCCGACAGUGGUACCACUCAUUGAGUCAAACAGACAAAUCAAUCAACACCUCAUAACUGGAAGCUUCACUGCAAAUUCUCUAGAAUGGUAAGUAGUUCUUAUAAUCUAAUAUUUCAAUUUCCUGGAAAAGUUGUCCCAGCAAAGGCCUAGUGAGGCGACUUGUGUCAAUACAUAAUCUAAACAAAAAUGGCUCUUCGAUCAAUCUAAAGUUCAGACUGGCACAAAGAAUGGUUUCUUCUUUCACUUUUUCACUCCCAGAAGUGACUCAACAAAAGCAAUUUGUAAACUUAGUUUUGAAAAUUGCUGAAUACCAUAUGAGAAGUUUAGUUUAGUGGUAAUACCAUUAGGAUUCCAUCCACUGUUUCAAAAGUUAGAAGCACCUUACAUCCUUUAAUGCAGCUUGGAUCCAUCAUGACUUUUGUGAUAUCUUGUGCUCCCUUAAGGUGGCUCCGUAAUUAAUACAAGAGCAUUUAGCUGUGACAAAUUUUCCGUCAUAACUUUUUGGUUUUCAACGCGAUGGCUGCGAAACUUUGCAAAGAACAACAGAUAUCAUUAGGCAAUGAUUCGAAAUAUUCUGAGUUCACUGAUGGUAAAUAUUUCUCGAGAAAUUAGCACUUAAAAGGACCCUACUGUUCAAAGAAAAUCGCGUCUAGUAAAAAAUUUUGCUGAUAUUUUUUACUGAAAUUUCUGGUAUCGGCUUUAAUUGAUAUAAUAAAUAUGCCAGAGGAAUUUCAGAAAAAUCGUUGGAGCAGAAGUCCGAAACUAAAAGUCGCUCAAAAUUCAGCUGUGAAAUUGUUUUGGAAUUUCAAAAAUAAAUUACCAUCAGCGAGAAGGAGCCACCAGUUUGAAUUUUCGGGACAAGUAAAUUCAGUGUUUGCUAAUUCUGAAAACAGAAGCCGAUUGCCUAUCGUGCUAUUCUUUAAAAGGUACUGUUCAGUUUUAGAAGCACUAUAAAUUGCUUCAAAACUUUGCUCUGACUUCGAAUGACUUGUUGUCCUUGUUCCUCGACAUUUUUAAAAUAUCCCUUGGCAGUUUUGGUUCAAACUCCUGCUGCACACAUUUUGAUGUAUUGCAAUGCAUCCUCAACGGCUUUUCCUGCUGUACGUUGUUUCCAAUUCAGGAAAAAGGUAUUGGGAUUGUAAGCUACCUUGUAUCAAAGCUCAGAUAGAACUGUCCAGCACCUUUGUUUAUGACCAGAAAAUGAGCACGAAGGCGCACUUGUGCGGGAAUUAAGCACCUCAGCCAGGGGGACGACGAAUGACAAUGAUGCCCAUGUCUGUGAACCGAUCUGUAUAAACAUGUAUUGCAGAGCAAAACAUAAUAAUCAAGAAAAAAUACCCAUUCAUUGAGGGAAGGAGUGACAAGAAUUCCAGAGUUGUAAAUUUAUUCACGGGCAGUAUUUUUGCGAUAAUUUUAUUUUGGACUGUGAUGUUAUUUGGUUCACAGGCAUGGUCAUCGAUGUCGUUCGUCCCCUGUGUGAGGUGCGAAUUCCACGCAGAACUGCCGCUGGGUGCUCAUUUUGUAGUCAUAAACAAAGGUGCUGGACAGUUCUAUCUGAGCUCUGGUACAAGGUAGCGUCAAUCUCAAUACUUUUUUCCUGAGUUGGAAGCAACGAACAGAAGUAAAAGUCGUUGAAAAUGCAUUGCAAUACAUCAAAAUGUAUGCAGCAGGAGUUUGAACCAAAACUGCCAUGGGAUAUUUUAAAAAUGUCGAAGAACAAGUAAUUCUACCUCAGAGCAAGGUUUGGAGCAAUUUAUAGUGCUUCUACAACUAAACAGUACCUUUUAAAGAAUAGCACGAUAGGCAAUCGGCUUUUGUUUUAAGAAUUAGAAAACGUUGAAUUUACUUGUCACGAAAAUUCAAACUGGUGGCUCCUUCUACCCGAUAGUAAUUUAUUUUUGAAAUUCCAAAACAAUUUCACAGCUGAAUUUUGAGCGACUUUUAGUUUCGGACUUCUGCUCCAACGAUUUUUCUGAAAUUCCUCUGGCAUAUUUCUUAUAUCAAUUAAAGCCGAUACCAGAAAUUUCAGUAAAAAAUAUCAGCAAAAUUUUUUACUAGACGCGAUUUUCUUUGAACAGUAGGGUCCUUUUAAGCGCUAAUUUCUCAAGAAAUAUUUACCACCAAUGAAAUCGGAAUAUUUCGUGUUAUUGCCGAAUGAUAUCUGUUGUUCUUUGCAAAGUUUCGCAGCCAUCGCGUUAAUAACCAAAAAGUUAUGACGGAAAAUUUGUCACAGCUAAAUGCUCUUGUAUUAAUUACGGAGCCACCUUAAAUCUUGUUGUAGCCUCGUCCGCAGACGUCAAUGUCCUGUUUUCAUGAACGGUGGGGGUGGGAUGGUGGGAGAAUUGGGAGAGAACAGGAAGUGACAAUGAAGUCCUCCUCAUUCUUUUCUCCUUUUCUCAUUGUCACACUCUCAUGGUCAAUGUAACCAUUACAAAAGGAGUUGCCUGUGGAGGGGGCUAAUUGUGUUACUUCAGUUUGAUUUGUUUAUUAUGGCGAUUCUAAGGGAACAGACCAUAAAAUGCUGUUGUGUGUAAAAUUAUCUAAAAGCAGUUAUUGUUCAUCAGUAGGAUGCCUAAGUGUGCAAUUCCACAACUGGUUUCGACUCCAUUAAAUCCUAUACCAACUGUACAACGUUUUAGGAGGAGCCACCCACAAUGUGAGCACAGUUACUGACACUAUCUAUUAGUAAGAAAAACAGUGAAAAUAAAGCCGUAAACCGCUAUAACUAACCAUAUGUGUCAACUAAAUAAAGACAGCACGCACACUACACAAUAAAGGAGGCUAGCGCGUGCACAUUUGCAGUAACUUACAUUGACAUCUUUAUAAUAUUCAUUAUCAAAUUACAUCUACUGGACCAUAUUUACAUGUUUCAGUGCUUUUAUGUUUUAGGGGUCAAGAUGUAUCAACCUUUCAACCUACCCCAGACAUCAUUCUAGUAGCUGAUUGCAUUUAUUAUGAAGAGGUGAGGAUGUUCAUGUUUGUUCUGCAGAGAUAUAGGCAUACUUGGGCAUUGCAGAAACAUUGUUUGUCAUGAUUUAUUAAACAACAAAAUUACAUUACAGUAGGCUACAUAUAUGAUUUAAGCCAUUGUUCUGGAUUAGUGAUAAGUAUCGGUCUAACUUGGGGGUGUGGUGGCCGAGUUGUAAAAACACUUCAAACUUAAGAUCUGUGUGUCUGGGUUCAACCCUUGCCAAUAUUACAUUUGUCUCUUUUCACCAAGCUGUAUAAGUGGGUACUGGCAACAAAAAGUUCUAGGGAUAUUACACUGCGAUGGACUAGAAUAUUUUCCAGCAGGGUAGCAAUUUUCCUAGGUGCUUCAUGCUACAUGUACUUAAACAUCAUCGUCAUCAUCAUCAUCAUCAUCAUUAUUAGUUUUGUUAUUAUAAUUAUUUCUAUUUAUAAUAAUUUUUAUUAUUAUGACUAUUUUUUCAAGUCCCUAUUUCCACUUGUGGUGACCCUGUGUGAUCUAAGUGAUGCCAACACCACUGUGCUAAUAUGCUAUGAAGAGAGGACAACAGGCAAUAAACCAUUGCUAGAGAAAAAGUUCCAUGAGGUACAAAUAUUUAGCAGUUAUUAAAUUCAACUUUUGUAUGAUAUGAAGAAUUAUGCAGAUCAAGGAGACUGUUAUCCACCAAGGGAAAGAGGAAAUGCAAUUGAUGGAUGGUCUAUUGCCCAUGCAGCCUUGUUUCCCAUCAAGAACACAAACCAAUUAACCCCUUAAGUCCCAAUAGUGACCAACAUCAAUUUUCUCCUAACAAUAUCCAUACAUUGUCAAGAGAUUAGGUUAUGAGAAUUAAUAAAAUGAUCACCUAAGAGAAAAUGCUUUGAUCUUUUAUCAAAUUCUCUCAGCUCAUUCUUUAAGGAAAUAUAUAGAGAUCAGUUUGAAGAAUUUGUAUGUGGGUAUUGGGGCUUAAAGGGUUAACCUUAUUUCUAAUCAAAUAUACCAUCAAAUUGAUGGUGUCUUGCUCGCUUCUUCAAAUUUGGUCAAUGCUGGUUGGUUAUGGCAAUUGAGCCGGGGAAUGGGGUCAAUCAGAAACAGCGAAGCAUUUUGAAUGAAUAAUAAUGUGAAAUGUGUGGCAAUCAGCAUGUAAUGAGUGUGGAACUAAGAAAAAGAUGGUCAUGAAUUCCCAACAGGAUUCAAACCUAUGACUUGCCAUGUUAUGAGAUCAGUAAGCUGUGUAGAGGUUCAUUGAGUAGCCUGUUCACAGACCCUCUAUUUUCUCUUUAGAGAUCCUCAAGUGUGUCCUCAUGUAUGAAAAUAGAAACCGGGGAUUUAUUGACUUCUAGUGCAAGGGGGUCAGGGUGUGGAAAGGAGGAAAUAGACAUUUUUUUUUUCUCGCGUUCUGCCCUCGUUCUCAUGCUCCAGGCUCACACACUCAUGCCUGCUCGCUCAUACAUUUUUGAAAACGUCUGUGUACAUACAGGCCACUCAUGGAGAGUUAGGCCAUAUAUAGCUGAAUCAGAAAAGGUUGCUUUGGCCAUUGGGAAGUGGAAAUUGGGCAUUUGGGAAUACAGAGCUCACUGCAAUGAUUUGCUUGAAUGCCCACCAAACAAUAGCUUACCAGUGUGCAAUUCCCAAUGCCCCAAACAACCUUAACUGAAUCAGCAACAAACAGGACGUGUGUCCUGCAUGUUGGUAGAAUUAGCAAUAAGGAAAGAUGUUGAAGGUGAUUCAUUGGAGAAGUGUCUCAUGGGAUUUGCUUGUAACAGGGACAUCAAUCUAUUGUUUUAUUUUGAUUUGAUUUGUUUUCAGCUGGUGAGGGAACACUUUACAGUGAAAGAAAUCCCAGAAGAACACCAAGACCCAGUCUACCACAGCCCAGAUAUACACUUACUGAGAUUGACAAAAAAAGAUGUCAAGCUUUGACCGCAAAAAAUAUGACAUAUCCCCUUCUUGUAGGUGAGACUACAGCUAUGAUGUGGAACGCUAGUGGUCAUGGGUGGAAUCAUAGUUAAUUUAGUGGAAUGGUUAUGAAACCCGUCAGACUCCUUUGUUAUAUGUUUUUGUGGACCUGAAAGUGCACAACGUUCAAAAGAAUUCCUAUCA